AUGACAACAAUCAUUGUCAGUAUCGCUGCUGAACGAUUCGGCGAGGAGGAGAAGAAAAGCUCCGGAACAACGUACUUAAAGAAUCAAAGAGCUGUGAGGAUCCACAACAUCAGGCAGGAGAUGAAAGCACUGAAGUCCCAAUAGAAGAAGGCCGGAGAUGAGGAACGUAUUGGCCUGGCCCAGCUAAUGUGCAUCCUGCGGAAUAAGAUCAGGGUUCUUCGCCGGGCUGAGUGGCAUCGGAGGCGGCGCCGUUAAAGGGCACGCAAGCGUGCUGCCUUUAUCUCCAACCCCUUCAAGUUCACUAAGGAUUUGUUGGGGCAGAAGCGCAGUGGUAAACUUGCCUCCUCGCAGGAAGACAUAGACCAACAUCUGAAGCAGACGUACAGCGACCCCGCAAGAGAGCAGGAGUUGGGAGGGUGUAACAUCCUCAUAGACCCCCCUGAACCGGAGGUGCAGUUUGACAUGUCAGAACUGCAGCUAAAGGAAGUCAGGGAGGUUGUCCGCAGAGCAAGGGCACGCUCUGCUUCAGGACCAAGUGGCACUUCAUACAAGGUGUAUAAGAACUGUCCCAUAAUCCUGCUGCGUCUGUGGAAAAUCCUGCGAGUCUUCUGGAGAAGAGGGAGGAUCCCAGAACAAUGGAGAGUAGCUGAAGGGGUGUGGAUCUCGAAGGAGGAAAACUCCACCCAGCUAGACCAGUUCCGCAUCAUCUCCCUGCUGUGCGUCGAGGCAAAGAUCUUCUUCAGCACUGUUUCCAAACGACUGUGUACCUACCUGUGUCAGAACACCUACAUCGACACAUCUGUCCAGAAGGGAGGCAUUUCAGGAAUGCCGGGCUGUCUGGAGCAUACCGGUGUGGUGACACAGCUCAUUCGAGAGGCAAGAGAGAACAAGGGCGACCUGUCAGUGCUUUGGCUUGACCUGGCAAAUGCAUUCGGCUCCAUUCCACACAAGCUGGUUCAGCUCAGAUUAACAAAACAUCAUGUCCCCAGCAGAUGUAGAGACCUCAUUGCUGAUUACUACACCAAUUUCAGGAUGAGGGUCUCCUCGGGAGCAAUAACAUCUCGUUGGCACAAGGUGGAGAUCGUCAAGAUUUUGGGCAAGGUUUUUGACAGCUCUCUGAGAGAUACCACAUCUAUCCAGUCGACCUGCACUGAGUUGGAUGGCUGGCUGAAAUCCGUGGACAAGUCAGGCCUACCUGGAAAGUUCAAAGCCUGGGUCUGCCAACAUGGCAUUCUUCCCAGGAUCCUGUGGCCCCUCCUUGUCUAUGCAGUCCCCAUCUCAACAGUGGAGACCUUAGAGAGGAGGGUCAGUAGCCACCUCCGGAGAUGGCUGGGAUUACCAAAGAGCCUGAGCAGCCUCGCACUCUACGGGAACACCAACAAACUGCAACUACCCUUCAAAUCCUUGGAGGAAGAGUUCAAGGUAGCAAGAGCCAGAGAAGUGGUUCAGCUCAGGGACUCACGAGAUCCGAAGGUGGCUAAAGCAGGGAUCCAAGUGAGGACUGGUAGAAAGUGGAGGGCUGAGGAUGCAGUUCAAGAGGCAGAGGCAAGGCUGCGUCAAAGAAGCCUGGUGGGAGAGGUCACUCGAGGCAGAGCUGGGCUAGGCUCCUUUCCAUUUCCCCAAUUGAAAACCAGCGGGAAGGAAGGGCGCUGCCUUGUUCAGGAGGAGGUGAAAGCUGCAGUGGAGGAAAUUAGAACUUGCAAGGCAGUGGGAUUGAAGCAACAGGGAGCUUGGACAAGAUGGGAGAAUGCGGUUGAGAGGAAAUUGACCUGGGCCGAGCUGUGGAAAGCCGAGCUGUGGAAAGCCGAGCCUCACCGCAUUAAAUUCCUCAUCCAGGCAGUGUACGAUGUGCUUCCAAGCCCAUCUAACCUGCACACAUGGGGCAUAGCAGAGACACCAGCAUGCCCAUUAUGUUCCAAGCAAGGAACCCUGGAACAUAUCCUCAGCUGCUGCACCAGGGCACUUGGAGAUGGUCGGUACCGCUGGAGGCAUGACCAAGUCCUUAAGACCAUUGCUGAAACCAUCAGCGCAGGACUGGUGUGGGAGAAGCAGUUCCGACCCUUGAAGAAAAUCAUCGCCUUUGUCAGAGCUGGGGAGCAGCCAACCCCUGCCAGAAGAACUUCUGCGGGCAUUCUAACCUCUGCAAGAGACUGGCAGCUGUUGGUGGACCUUGAACAUCAGCUGAAGUUCCCCAGCCACAUUGCAGUCACCACCCUGCGACCAGACAUUGUCCUCGUGUCUGAGUCCACCAAGCAGGUAGUGCUGCUGGAGCUCACCGUCCCAUGGGAAGACCGCCUGGAAGAAGCCUUUGAGAGGAAGCUCUCCAAGUACGCGGGACUGGUCAGUGACUGUCAGCAGGCUGGCUGGAGAGUGAGGUGCCUCCCAGUUGAGGUUGGAUGCAGGGGUUUUGCAGCCCGCUCCUUGACCAGAGCCUUCAGCACUUUGGGCAUCGAGGGAGAGAGAAGGAGGAGAGCCAUCCGCAGUACCACCGAUACGGCAGAGAGGGCCUCAUGA